GGGCGCUUCAACACAACGUCCACAGUCCUGAGAGCUGAGCUGAGACUGUUCCAGUGCGUAGCCACGGAGAUAAGUUUCCUUUAACGUUUAUUUCACCGUGAUUUUAUCUCAACGGUUUGAUAAGAAUCACAGCGGGUCAGAGAUUACUUUGCUCCGGUGCUGCUGUGAACACCGUAAAUGGGCGUGACAGCCGCACAACAACAACACCACAACAAAAACAACGGAUCUGCUUCCGGUUUCUGGAUGUAGCUGUCAGACUCCAGCAUCUCUUUUUUAACGGGGAAGCGCUUUAUCAGCAGGUCAGUAGCUUCAUGUCGCUAUUGUCGAUUAAUAAUAGUUGACUUUGCCGUUGUUUUGCCAACUGUCAGCAUCCGAACACAGAGUAUAAUCAGCAGGCUGCCACAGUUUAGCCGCCGUUACGAUUUAGUAUGAGCGAAGGAGAGGUGUUUCAUGAGAAGCAACGAUUGGAGCUGUGCGCGAUUCAUGCACUCAACAACGUGCUCCAGGAGCGGGUGUUCACCAAGGAGACAGCCGAUGAUAUCUGCAAACGGCUGGCUCCACAGUGUGUGGUGAACCCUCAUCGCUCCGUGUUAGGUACAGGGAACUAUGACGUCAAUGUCAUCAUGGCGGCACUACAGAGCCGGGAACUGGCUGCAGUGUGGUGGGACAAACGCAGGACGGUUCAGAGCCUCUGCAUGUCAAAGGUCCAGGGUUUUAUUCUCAACGUCCCGUCACGAGUAUCUUUGGGGAUCGUGUCCCUCCCGCUCAGACGGCGGCACUGGCUCGCGGUUAGGCAAGUUAACGGACAGUACUACAACCUGGACUCCAAACUGAAGAGUCCUGUCUGUAUCGGGGGAGAAGCAGAACUACGCACAUUUCUCAGCGAACAGCUUUCUCAGGAUGUGGCAGAGAUGCUCCUGGUCGUCCGCCGGGAGGUGGAGGAGGACGGUUCGUGGCUGAACUCUGACAAUCCCAAGAAGUGACACCUUGGGACGGGACAUACCUUUAGUUAGCAUGGAAAAAAAACCUCCUCUGGGAAAAUGACAGACGUUUUUUUAAAAAAAACAAAAAAAAACACCUCAUUACAGAAAACUCUUCAGGGAAUGCACUAAAAUACAUUUAAUAUCUACACACAGAGGAAAUUCCAAAGAGGAGCAGAGACGGGCGGUUACUCCUGAGAUGAAGGACUGUUUUGAUUGUAACAGCUGUAAAAGCUUUUGCUCCGAUAUGACACAUGUAUCUGCGUCGUCCUUCUCUUAGUACCUUUGUUUUUAACACUGAGGAGGUGCAUCUAAGCUAACUAAGUUGUGUUUGAUGAGUUGUGACAUAUGACUGAACUUUCACUGUUUUACGGUAGGAAGAUUGCAGUGUUUGUGCAUGAGAAACCAUCCGCAAUAAGGAUAACUGCACUACUUUGAGUUCUCAAACGUCUCCGAGAUGAAAACAGUUUAACAGUCCGAGACUUUUACGAUCGAGUCGCCAAAAUCAGAUCAGUGUGUCAGUUAUCAGGCAGCACCUGAGUUCUCUCUUCCCAUGUAAACCUUCUAUGCACUGCAGAGUUUGAUUUGUUCGCACUGUUUGUCUUUGUGCGUGUUCACACAGGCACAGGUACUGUGAAGGCAUCACUCAGUGAGGCGUUGAAGGACCUCCAGUGUCUUUGCAUGUUUUCGCUGAUUUACUAAAACAUUUUCAGAGCGUGCCACGUUUUUUUGUUUUAGAUUUUUAAUUGUGUUUUGUUUUGCUCCAUGCUGCCUUUGUUUUCGUCUCAUUUAGCUUUGGUGUAAAAACCAAAAAUCAACUUGCAGAGAUUUUAAACAAGGCUGAAAUCUGUAAUUCAUCACAUCGAACUUUUGUCUUUGAUAAUGGUGGAUUAUACAUUUCAUCCAGGUUUCAUGUCUCUGCAGGUCACGUUUCGCACGAGUGAAAGAAGUUAGAAAGAUCUUUUUUUUUUUUUUUU